AUGUCAGCUGAAAUACACUCGCACGCAUACGUACCCACCCACCCAGCACACCGGAAGCAGGAGUCGGGAGCCAGCUGCCUGCUCUCUCUGCCUCAUAUUCAGCUCAGGCAGUUUCUUCCCUCAGGUACAUCCCUGGGUGCCACCAUGAGCACUUGCAACGCCACUGACCAUCCCUCUUUCUUCAUUCUCCAAGGCAUCCCUGGAAUGGAAGACAAACACAAAUGGAUCUCCAUCCCCUUCUCCUCCAUUUACUUCAUCACUGUGCUGGGGAACUGCACCAUCCUCUUCACCAUCUCCACAGAGCGUUCCCUGCACAAGCCCAUGUUCCUGCUCCUCUGCCUGCUAGCGCUGACGGACCUGGGCAUGUCCACCACCACCAUUCCCAAGGUGCUGUGCAUCUUCUGGUUCAGCCAGAAUAGGAUUAGCUAUGAAGGAUGCCUGCUCCAGCUGUUCUUCAUUCAUUCCAUUUCUGCCAUGCAGUCAGCUGUCCUGACCACCAUGGCCUUUGACCGCUACGUGGCCAUCUGCAAGCCCCUGCAUUACGCCACCAUCCUGUCCAACAGCCGCAUUGGGCUCAUUGGCCUGGUGAGUCUAGUGCGAGCCAUCCUCUUUAUUCUCCCCAUGCCCAUCCUGCUCCAGCAUAGGCCCUUUCAUGCCAAUCGUGCCAUUCAAACCACCUACUGUGAGCACAUGGCCGUGGUGAAGAUAGUGUGUGUGGACACCACGGUCAACCGCAUGUAUGGCCUGGUGGUGGCUUUGCUGGUCGUUGCGCUGGACAUCUCAGCGAUUGCUUCAUCUUACGCACUAAUCAUCCAGGCUAUAAUGCGCCUCUCUUCUAAAGAAGCCCACCACAAAGCAGUCAAUACCUGCACCACACAUAUCUGUGUCAUGCUGGUCUCUUAUACUCCCUCACUUUUCUCCUUUCUUACUCACCGCUUCGGCAGGGCUAUUCCACCCCAUGUCCACACGAUUCUUGGCAACCUCUACUUUCUUGUACCUCCAAUGCUCAAUCCUAUUAUUUAUGGAGUAAAAACAAAGGAAUUUCGGGACAAAGUGGCCAAGUACGGUUUCCGGAUGAAGGCAUCUAUGGCAAUGUCCCAUGCUCAGAAACUUGUUUAA